AUGACUCCUUCCAUUUCUAAAACUCCUAAAGAAGAUGUUUCAUAACAAGAAACUUCUUAAGAAUUUAAGUUCAUUUACAAGGACACAGAGUACGACUGCACAGAAUAUGCUUAGAAGCAUCCUGGUGGUCUUCAUUUCUUCGAAAAGAUGAAAGAUGAGAAGAGUGAUAUUACUGAAUACUUCCGUACUUUGCACAGCAAGAAGGCUCUCAAGAUCUUAAAGAGCUUCCCUAAGACAUAAACUAACCUUCUUGAAUCUAAAGACUCCUAAUUAUUCACAACUAUCAAGCGUAAAGUAAAACAUCUUUUUGAACCUCACUGGCCAAUUGAGAUGACUAUAUUACUUGUUUCUUUUUCAGUAUUUUUAUUGGGUGCCUUCACUAGCAAUCCUCUUCUUGGAAUCGUCCUCAUUGGUAUCAACUAAAACUUAGCUGGUUGGAUUGGACACUCUUAAAAUCACAACAGAAACCCUAUUUUAUAUAAAAUUGGUACUAUCUAUGGAGGUAUCGUAGCUGGUUUAAGUUCUAAGUGGUGGAACCGUAAACAUAAUUUGCAUCAUAUGUUCACUAAUAACAUUUCAAAGGAUGAAGAUAUUUAACAUAGCUACAACCGUUGGCUCUUCCCACUUCUUUUCCCUAAAUGGAAAUUUGAUUCUCUAGUUGCUGAAAUUGGCUAUAAGGAGUUUGCUUAUUUGGCUAUCCACUGGGCUAUUAUAACUUAAUAAACAUGGUGGGUUGUUUUAAUUGGUCAUUUAAUUGCUGGUUUCUUAACCGCAGUUGUUUUAGUAGGUAACCAUGAAAGAGAGACUAUAUUCGAGAAGAGAGUUGACCUUCCUUUCUUAUAACACUAAAUUACUGCAACCACUAAUUAUGACUACAAGAGCGUUAUCUCCAUGAUUUUCAUGGGAGGAAUGUAAUACCAAACCGAACACCACUUCUUCCCUCAAAUUCCUUUCUACUAUCUCCCUAAGGCCUCUGAAAUCAUUAAUAAUGAAUUGAAGAAGCACAACUUAGUCAUCAAGUAUAGCCCCAUCUGGUAAUGA